AUGUCUGCCGCUGCGCCCUCAGCCGUCCAUCGCAGCCACUCCACGUCCUCCCGGCCGCCCUCCUAUGGGACUGCUACGGCUGACAUCCCUCACCGGACUCGAAGUGUCGCUGUGAGGCCUGCGACCGCGUCUCAACCUUCUCCAGUGCAUCACAAUCACUCUCAUAACCGGCAUUCCUAUUCCAAGUCACAGUCGUACGACCGCCGACCUCCUAGCAACAACCACGCCGCUUUCGACAACAUAGCUCGUCGGGACUUCGAAUCUUCCAGAGGUAGCCAGCACUCCUCCCGUCGGGAUAGUUCGAGGGAGCGCUCCCAGGAGCGCCCGACGAGCGCAUACCGUACCGAUCCAUCCUCGACAAAACCCAAGAGAAACCUCUCAGUAAGAAGCCAUCAGCGGGACAGUAUAGACAUGGCUUCUGCAGGGCCCAGGGUCGCGGACGGGGGCGCAGGCCAUUCCCAACCUACUUCCGGCCACCAUCUACAUACAGCGAACCCCAAUCAGUCGAAGCGCCGCACAAUGAUCGCAACCCCAACAGGCCAGUGGUCAUUAGGUAAGACAUUGGGGGCUGGUAGUAUGGGCAAGGUCAAAGUGGGGAAACACAUGGAAACUGGGGAACAGGUUGCUAUCAAGAUCGUGCCUAGACAGUCAACGGAAGAACAUCGGAGCGUACGUGAGGCCGAAAGGGCAGACCGUUCAAAGGAGAUUCGAACUGCUCGCGAGGCAGCCAUUGUCAGUCUCGUGAAUCACCCGUAUAUAUGCGGCAUGCGCGAUGUGGUACGGACCAAUUACCACUGGUAUAUGCUUUUCGAGCUUGUCAACGGUGGUCAAAUGUUGGACUACAUCAUCUCUCACGGCAAGCUGAAAGAAAAGCAGGCGAGGAAAUUCGCACGCCAAAUCGCCAGUGCGCUGGAUUACUGCCACCGCAAUAGCAUUGUGCACCGGGAUUUGAAAAUCGAAAAUAUCCUCAUCAGCAAGACCGGCGACAUCAAAAUCAUUGAUUUUGGUCUUAGUAACCUUUUCUCCCCGCGAAACUUGCUUAAGACAUUUUGCGGCAGUCUUUACUUUGCCGCUCCCGAGCUGCUCCAGGCAAAACAGUACACUGGUCCAGAAGUGGAUGUCUGGAGUUUUGGGAUUGUGCUCUACGUUUUGGUGUGCGGGAAAGUCCCGUUCGAUGACCAAAGCAUGCCAAAACUCCAUGCAAAGAUCAAGCAAGGAGUGUUCGAAUACCCUCCUGGUCUUACUGCUGAAUGCCGCCAUAUCAUUUCGCGCAUGCUGGUAACCGAUCCCAAGCAACGUGCAAGUCUGGCCGAGAUUAUGAGCCACCCUUGGAUGAACAAAGGCUUUAGCGGAGUCCCAGAUAACCACCUCCCACACCGGGAGCCUUUGCAGCUUCCAUUGGACCCCGCGGUGAUCGAUAAGAUGACUGGAUUCGACUUCGGAUCCCCAGACUACAUUGCCUCGCAGCUCACCAAAAUCAUAGAGUCCGAGGAGUAUCAGCAUGCGGUUGCGCUCAAUGCGCGUGAACAUGCCGCUCCCGCAAACAGUGAUAAGAAGCGCGGCGUCUUUGACUUUUACAAGCGCCGAAACUCGGCCAGCAAAGAUAAUCUUACAGCGCCUUCAGCAGAAGCUAUCCAGCUUGGAAAUGACCCAUUGAAUGCCUACAGUCCAUUAUUAUCUGUAUAUUAUCUCGUCAGAGAAAAGCUGGAGAAAGAAAAGACCGAGACCAACCCGGGUGCCCUCGGCAUUCAAGUAACCAGUGGCGAUGCGCUGCUUCAGGUACCUGAUCUAGCAGCCCCAGAAGCUGCCCAUACCAACCAGUACCAUGUCCCCGGAGAGAAAGAUACGGGAAGGCGGUCGCGCCCACGCGCCCGGACCCAUGGUGAAGAUGAGGUUACGGGGGGCAUGAAGAACACCAACCUCGCGCCGGGACAACCCUCCCACAGCCCCGCUGCGUCCCAGCCAGAAACUCCAGCGAAGAAAGAGAGUGCCGCUGUUGGUCUUCUGAGGCGCUUUAGUACACGGAGGACGAAGGAUCGUAGCCGUGACCCCGAACGGUCAAGGCUUACAAGCCCUCAUGGGCCAUCUCUCAAUGUGCAGCCGCCGGCCGACUCUGCCUCUCCUCUCUCGAGGGGAUUUAGCAUACGGAGAAACCGCCGUGCGGAACCUUCCCCAACAAAACUUCCAACAACAGGCAGUCAACCUCACCAUCAGGACCUCCUCAAGACUCCUGGAUCGGCAGAGCCGGCCUCACGAUCCAACAAGUUCCUCGAGAGGUCGACUAGCGUUAGCUCAGCCGAUCCGCGAAACCGACGGACGCGCCGAACCGAUGCGGAUGUGACCAACCAGCCGCCGCAAACGAGUGGAUCAGAAUACUCAGGCGCCGCAAAGGACCCUACCGGACGGGAACAGAAAGCGACGACCCGUACGCACGCCACCCGGACAAUGUCUCUUGGCCAUGCCCGUCGUGAAAGUAUCCAGGCUCGACGGGCUCGGCGAGACGCUACGAGGGAAGCCAAUGUUCCCGAGGAAACUGACGGAGAAAUUUCUGGACCGGGAGCUGCCUUGGAGAGUGCGAAUGAAGAAGACCUAUCCAAGCCAGUCUAUCUUAAGGGCCUCUUUAGUGUUUCAACUACUAGCAGCAAGCCCCUGGCUUUUAUUCGCUCCGACAUUAUUCGGGUCUUGAAACAACUUGCUGUUGAGCAUGUGGAGAUAAAGGGCGGCUUUAGCUGUCGUCAUGCGCCUAGUAUUGAUCUGGACAAGGUAGUCGACAAUGGGCCUCCAAGCCCUGAACGACAAGGCCAGGUCUCCAGCCACCGUCGCCGGAUUAGUUUCGGGGGUCUAUUGAACCAUGAGGAUGGUCGUGAGGAGACUCGAAGCUCAACGCGCCGCCGCCAGCGGGCGCCGGACCGCAGCUUCGUCUCAAACUCAGAAGCUUCAGAUGAAUAUCUUGAAGGCCGUGAUGCCAAUCUACCCAGUGGAGAACGUGUUGUUGGAGAGACAACCACCCGAGUGCAAAGCGACACGGGUGGGAACCUUGUUCUCCGGUUCGAGAUACUCAUCGUUAAGGUGCCGUUGUUCUCGCUCCACGGCAUCCAGUUCAAGAAGGUGUCCGGAGGUAUGUGGCAGUAUCGGGAGAUGGCGAAAAAGAUCCUGGACGCUCUACGGCUUUAA